UCUCACGAUAAGCCUAUGUGCCUGACGCCCAGCCCCUGUCAGUCCCCCAUGGCCCCAUGGAGCCGAGAGGCGGUGCUGAGUCUCUACCGGGCUCUGCUGCGCCAAGGCCAAGAGCUUCGCUACACUGAUCGAGACUUCUACCUUGCCUCCAUCCGCCGUGAGUUCCGGAAAAAUCAGAAGCUAGAGGAUCCUGAGGCCCGGGAGAGGCAGCUGGAAAAGGGCCUCGUAUUCCUCCACAGCAAACUGGGAGGGAUUAUUUAGGAUCCUCUCCUUUCCCCUCCCAUCCUAAUUCCAAGGGAAAGAGGACAAAAGUGCCUUCUAUAGACACGCCUGCCUCUCUCCCACC